ACUACUAACUUUUUUUCUCUUUUCUCGUGUUCUUUAUCCCUCUUGCUCACAUGAGAGCAAGUAAAAGCCUUUGUAGAGAGCAAACAAAUAAAAACAAAGAAAAGAACAGAUAAUAAGAAACAAAGCAUCAUGAAUGGUGCUGCAAUUGUUGAGGCAGAUAACUCUGAGUUUGUGGAAGUGGAUCCUACGGGAAGAUAUGGAAGAUACAAUGAAAUUCUUGGCAAAGGAGCUUCCAAGACAGUCUACAAAGCAUUUGAUGAGUAUGAAGGGAUAGAAGUAGCAUGGAACCAAGUAAAGCUUUAUGACUUUUUGCAGAAUCCUGAAGACCUUGAGAGGUUAUACUGUGAAAUUCAUCUUCUCAAGACAUUGAAACACAAGAACAUCAUGAAGUUCUGUACCUCCUGGGUUGAUACUGCCAACAGGCACAUUAACUUUGUCACUGAGAUGUUUACCUCUGGGACUCUUAGACAGUACAGGUUUAAACAUAAAAGAGUUAACAUCAGAGCUAUUAAGCACUGGUGCAGACAGAUUUUGGAAGGGCUCCAUUAUCUCCACAGCCAUGACCCUCCUGUGAUUCAUAGAGAUCUCAAAUGUGAUAACAUCUUCAUCAAUGGCAACCAAGGGGAAAUCAAAAUUGGUGAUCUUGGUCUUGCUGCAAUUCUCCGCAAAUCUAAUGCUGCUCGUUGUGUUGGCACACCUGAGUUUAUGGCUCCAGAAGUGUACGAAGAGGAUUACAAUGAAUUGGUUGACAUAUACUCUUUUGGAAUGUGCAUCUUGGAGAUGGUCACCUUUGAAUAUCCUUACAGUGAAUGUAACCAUCCUGCUCAAAUUUACAAAAAAGUUGUCUCUGGGAAGAAGCCAGAAGCUCUUUACAAAGUAAAUGAUCCUGAGGUUAGGCAGUUUGUAGAGAAAUGCUUAGCAACUGUGUCCCUCAGACUUUCAGCUAAGGAACUCUUGAAGGACCCUUUUCUCCAAAUUGAUGAUUAUGGAUCUGACUUGAAAGCAGUUCAGUAUCAAAGAGAUUGCUAUGAAGUAACCCCAAUAAUUAGACAACCUCUGAAUGGAAUUCAUAGCAUUAACAACGCCUUCAUGAGUGGGUACACUGAUAAUCUUGGUGGUUAUGGACUUAUAUCUGAAUUGGAUUAUCAUCAAGAAGAUUUUGAAACGAGUGAGAUUGAUCUCUUUGAUUGUGAAGAGGAUGAUGAUUUGGCUGAAGUUGACACCACAAUUAAAGGAAGGAGAAGAGAAGAUGAUGGCAUCUUUCUAAGAAUCAGACUAGCAGAUAAGGAAGGUCGAGUUCGAAACAUCUACUUCUCGUUUGACACUGAGACUGAUACUGCAUUGAAUGUUGCAAAUGAAAUGGUAGUUGAGCUUGAUAUGACUGACCAAGAUGUAACAAAAUUAGCAAAUAUGAUAGAUAAUGAAAUUUUAACCUUGGUUCCAGAGUGGCAAAUGGGACCCAGAAUAGAGGAAAUUUCAGAAUGUUCAAGUGCAAGUUUCUGCCACAAUUGUGCUGCAAACGGUUCCAUAUUUGAUUAUGUAUCACCAAUUAAUCCAUGUGCCAAGAAUCUGCAAUUUCUUCAUUGUUCUAAAAGCGGAUGUGCUGCAGUUCAUGGUCGAUUUGAGGAGAUUACAUACCAAGUUGAAGGGUCUGCAAAUAGUGCUACAGAAGGUACACCAGCUGAAUCAAGCAAAUCCACUGGCAUUCAUUAUACCGAUAUAUGGGCUCAGAGAGAUGAACCGGAGUUAUGUCCUGAAGGGUCAAAAGACAUACAUUGUGACCAAGCUCAUGUUGCAUCUAGCCUAUCAACCAUCAAGGAUGAUGGAAGCACCAAUAAUGUUGAUGAUCAAAGUGGUCUCAAUACUAGAAAGUCUCCUUCUAGGACUGUAUCAGAUUGUGUUCUCUUGGACUACGAGAAUGAAAUUAGGCAAGAACUAAGAUGGCUCAAAGCAAAAUACCAAAUGCAGUUAAGAGAGCUUAGAGACCAUCAACUAGGGGGUAAACCAAAAUUUACUUGCUUAUCUCCUGACUCUAAAAAAUUAGAUCAUGGGAAAGAUGGAGUUCUGAGGCUAUCAGUUACACCCCAUUUGAAGAAACAGCACAACAAACCACUAUUGAGAUAUAUAGCUUCUGGGAAGCAUUUUCCUGUUGAUGCUGAGAAAUGCACCACUUUGGCUGAUCAAAUGAUUCAAAAUGUUGAUGAGACGGGUCAGUCUAACAGUCCUGAGCAUAUGGUCACAGCCAAAGAUUUCUUUACACGAGCUUUGCUUCCACAGUCGCUUCACAGGGCAACCUCGCUUCCUGUUGAUGCUGUAGAUGUCUAGAAUCUAGAAACUAUUAAAGUUCAUUAUUUUGUCAUCAUAAGUGGGCACCAAUGUACCUAUACUUAAAGGGGUGCCUAUUUGCUUAAAUUUAGGGGAAAGGAAAAUCAGAGCCAAAGGUGAUGGGAGUUACUAGAUGUAAUCUAGCUUGUGGGCACCCUUUUCUAGUAAGGUCACUUGAUCUGGUACAAAAAAAAAAAUGGUCAGAUGUGAACCAUACACAGGCUAACACAAUUACAUUAAUGUAAGCAAAAUUUUCCCUUGAGUUGCUGAAUUGCAUCUCCAUAUCCU